GUGGAUGGAUAUUCGCGCGCGCGUUUCUAUGGCAGCGCGGCUAAACAAAAACAAGUUGAGUUAAAUUCGCUGCGACAAUGGCAAGCCAAGAGGAAGAAUCAUUUCAAAACUUCUUCACAGAAAGCCUCACACUGGGCUUGGUGAAACUAUUGGAGGAGACUCCUGGCGUGCAGGGGGUCGAAAUGACGCGCUACAACCCCUGCGACAGAAUGGUGCUCACGUCUUGGGAGCAGAGAUACAGCUGCUCAUUGCCAAAUGACCUCAAAAAUUUCUAUUUUGCCUCGGAUGGAUUCAAACUUAUUUGGAAUUAUGAAUAUGCAGGUGAAGUUCUUCCCAUUGGCAACAUGAAAAUAAACAAAGUGUCCGAAUUGCGUCGGGUUGGCGGCUUCAAGCCGCAAGAGGACGCGGACGUCCUGACGCCGUUGGACAUCGAAAUGUGCCAGCAACAGAAAUUGAAUUCGCGCCAUCCCGUGCCAAACAUCGGCUCGAAGUGCAAACUGUUCGAGUUGGACGGAUGUCAAGGCCUGGGAAAAGUGUGCCUCGUGUACCAACAGCCGCCCCCGCGAAAGGACCUCAUGCCGGGCGACCCGGCGCUCACCGAACAGCCCACGAUCUGGCUUUUGGACAGGUGCUUUGAUUGGCACUUCAUAGCAGAUGAUUUCACGACGUACUUCAGAAUGAUGUUGGUGCACAAAGGGUUGCCGCAGUGGCAGUUCAAAUUCACACCGAUCGGACUGACGCCGUGGGCAGAGCAAUUCUUUGCUCUCCUGGCACCCCACCUGCUGCAAAGUGGCACCCAGGACUUGCCAAAUAAUUGGGACGCCACGUGCAAUUUGCUCGACCCAGCUAUUUUCAAAAUCAAGAGCAAACAACCGAAAACCGAGCUCAAACAACAGGGUGUGGCCAACUGACAGCAAAACUAAUGUACUUGAACGGUGGGCCAAGAAUUAUAUAUAAAUUUAAUCUCACUUGAAUCAGUCAAAACUUAAGAGAAUUUGAAUAAAAUUUCAGGCUUUAAUUUAAAAACUGGUUUCAAUUUGUACGUGGUAAAAAUUACUGUACAUUUAUUUAAAAGCCAAUUUAAUGGUUGUCAUUUUUCAAAACGUUGUUAAUUGUGUUCGAGUUAAAAGCAUGUCAAAAAAAGCAAGAGCAGUUUUAUGGCCCAUAUCAAAGUGCCUCAAGGGACAUUAAAAUGUCCAGAAUAUACACGCACGCCUUUUGCAAAUAAAAAGAGAUGAAGUUUCUUCGACGUAGCAACAAAAGAAUCAAGCACGAUUUUUCCAAGAUUUGUCUAAUGAAUAUAAUAUGCUUCACCAAAAGGUGAGUUUAUAUUAUUGUUAAAUUACACAUAAUAUUUCUUUGCCCUCUCUUAUAAUUAAAAAUUAGCACCUCUUUCCACAUAGCGUCUGCCGAUAAAAAUUAUUCAAUGACUUGACGAUAUCAUUUUUGUUUGAUCUGUCAUCGUUUCACACAUUGUAAGAUGUUGAUAAAAGAAAGACAUAAUAAAAAAAAACCAGGUCAGAUUUGAUCAGAUUUUUUUCCUGUUCAGUUUGAUAAUUAAUUUGUCUCGAUUUGUCGGGCCCCAAAAUUAUUGCUGUUUAUAAAUGAAGAAAAAAAUAGGAAAAGAUACAAAUUUACCAAAAUUUGCUCGACUUAUUUCUGGAUCAACAAGUUAUGGCUCUUAAUCGCGUGUGUCAACAGAUGCUUAGGGAAUGGCACGUUGAACAGCAUGUUUGAUAAGAAAGUGCACGGCACCCAAGGGUCGCAAGGUCAACGCCACUGUCCCAAUCUUGUUCCGAAGUAGCACACAAACGAAAGAGAUUCAAUCUCUUUUCUAUUCACAAAUCGCUGCUCUUUUUGUCGCUAAGCCCUGCAUAAAAAAUAAGAAGAGAGUUGUGAAAUUUGACCGC